AUGGUAAAGCACUACGACCACAAGUACGACGACGACCUCAACCUCGACUUCAACAACGAGUACUACGACGACGUCGACGUCUACAACUACUACCACCACCACUACUACUACAACGACCAGCACUACGACCACAAGUACGACGACGACCUCGACUUCAACGACUACAACGAGUACUACGACGACGUCGACAACUUCUACCACUACGACUACUACUACUACUACAACGACCAGCACUACGACCACAAGUACGACGACGACCUCGACUUCAACAACGACUACAACGAGUACUACGACGACGUCUACAACUACUACCACCACCACUACUACUACUACUACUACAACGACCAGCACUACGACCACAAGUACGACGACGACCUCGACUUCAACAACGAGUACUACGACGACGUCUACAACUACUACCACCACCACUACUACUACUACAACGACCAGCACUACGACCACAAGUACGACGACAACCACAACUUCUACCACAACGACUACGACAACGACGUCUACAUCUACUACCACAACGACCACAAGUACGACGACGACCUCCACUUCUACUACUACCACGACUACGACUUCUACUACUUCUACAACGACCACAAGCACUACGACGACCUCCACUUCUACUACUACCACGACUACGACUACUACUACUUCUACAACGACCACAAGCACUACGACGACCUCGACUUCUACUACUACCACGACUACGACUACUACUACUUCUACAACGACCACAAGCACUACGACGACCUCGACUUCUACUACUACCACGACUUCUACUACUACCACAACUUCUACAACUACUACUACUACUACUACUACGACCACAAGCACUACAACGACCUCGACUUCUACUACUACCACGACUACUACUACUACGACCACAAGCACUACGACGACGUCGACUACAACGACUACUACUACUACGACCACAAGCACUACGACGACGUCGACUACAACGACUACUACGACGACAACCACAACUUGUAA